AUGUCCUCCGACGACAGCCCGCCGAUCAUUCGGCCGAUCCCCCGCCGUCCGUUCGACCUGAACGUCGCCGGCCCUACCCCUCCUCCCGAAGAAGACGACGACGCCUCCGCGCCGCCCAGCCCCAACCCCAACGACAUCCGCCUGCUCCGAGCCACCUUCCUCGACCCCAACCGGCCCCGCGACGCCUCCUCCGGCAGCCUCGCCGGUGCCGACCAGCAGGGCGGCGGCGGCGGCGGCAGCGGCUCCCUCAGCCGCGCCCAGUCCAUCAUGAACCUGACGGCCUCGACCCUCUUCGGCAUCUACAGCCCCACGACGCUGUCGACGGCGGGCCACGGCUCGAGCGGGUACUACAGCACCGGCACUGGCACCGGCACCGGGGCUGGCGGCGCCGACCGCUCCGAGCCGGGCACGCCCUGGGGCACCGGCGCCGAAUCCCCCCUCAAGCGCACCGCCGGCGUCGACGCGCCGACGUUCGCGCUCAUGAAGGGCCGGAGCAAGCUCCUCCUGCGGCGCCGGUCGACGCAGAGCAACGGCGCCGCCAGGAUGCCCCUCGAGGGGAGGGGCCGCGCGCCGGGGGUCGCGGGGUGGCGGCUCGCGCUGUCGCUGGCGGCGCGGGCGGCGCUGCUGUUCGGCCUCGGGACGGGGUACGGCCUCUUCGUGUCGCGGCUGCACGACCGGCACAAGCUGACGGGCCUGGGUGGCGGCGGCGGCAGCGGUGCCUCCGAGAGCGGCGGCGGCAGCAGCAUCGCGAACCCCGGGCUCGAGUGGAAGUACCUGCUGUUCUGGGGCGUCGCGGGCGUGGUGCUCGGCGCGCUGCUGCCGUGGUUCGACACGGUCUGGGACGAGAUGUUUGGCAAGGGCAGCCGGGCGAGGGCGCGAGCGGCGCGGGCGCGGGAGGCGGCGGUUGUGGGCGGUGGUGAUGGUGCCGACGAUGAGGACGAAGAGGAUGAUGAUGAUGAUGAGGAGGAGGAGGAGGAAGAGGAGGACAAAGGCACGAGCCCCAGCACGGACUGGGCGCUCGUCAUCCGCGGCAUUGGCGCUUUUGCCGGCAUUGUCUUUGCCAUUGUACGUACGACUGCUGACUUUUUUGCAAAAACAAAAGCACAGUCAGUCCCAAACCACCUUGCAGACUAUAUGUUUACUAACAACCCCCGGCUUUUCACACAGCGCAAACUGCCCUGGGCGUCGACGAUGCAGGUCUCCCUGACGCUCGCCCUCGUCAACCCCUUCCUGUGGUACCUGAUCGACCGGUCCAAGUCCGGGUUCAUGCUCGCCGCCACCGUCGGCCUGACGGGCUCGUCCCUCCUGCUGGGCCUCAACCCGGCCAUGAUGCCCACGCCGGCGGCGGCGGGGGCCGGGGCCGCGUACUACGACGACGACGCCGCCGCCGCCGCCGCCGCCAUGGGCCUCCGCUCCAACGGCUCGCGCGGCGGCGGCGGCGGCGGCGCGGCGGCUUCCGAGACGGGGGCCGGCGGGCUGGCGCGGCACCACCACGAGACGAUCGAGGCGGGGAUCUGGAUGCUCAGCGUGCUGUUCUGCAGCUGCGUGUGCUUUGGCAACAUUGGGCGGCGCCUCGCGCUCGACGGGUCCGCGGCGGCGAGGGGCCGGUGGGGAGGCGUUCGGUAG